AGCGGAAGUGCUGUCUCCGCUGUCCUCGCGCUGUGGCUCAUGGCUUCGUCUCCUGCGGUUUUUCGUGUUUUCGUGUCGCUCUCGCGUGCCCCUUCACGUGCACGUGCGUCCGCCGCGUGCGCACACCGGUGACCGGAUGCCGCGCCUCAACAGAACGGCCGUGCUGGCGCUGCUGCUCGCCGCGAGCUCCGUGUUCCUGCUGUUCCAGCUGCACUACCACCGCCAGUCCGCCGCCAGGCCCGGCCCUCACUUCCUGAGUCGGACGGGUCACCUGACCACCAGCGACGUGCACUGGCAGACCAUAAAAAAGUUCCUGGGCGUGGCUCGCCGCUUCCGCCUGCCGCUCUUCCUCGCCGACUCGGCGGCUCUUGCGCUGCUUUCCCAUGAUGCUCUGCGGCGACAGGACAGCGAGCUGCAUGAGCCGCAUUGCAGCUUCCUGUGCACCGGCCGGCCAAUCACGUCGUUCGGUCUGCUGGCCAAUCGCUGGACAUUCAACGCUGAGCUGGAGGCGGCGGCGCAGGAGAAAGGCUUCCAGCUGCUGCAGAUCACAGGAAGUGACCCGCGACUGGCCAGCCUGGAUGACCUAUCAGGAGAGGAGAUUCCUCUGCACUUCCUGUUCCGUCUCCAUGGUUACAUCAUCCACGUGGUGUUCCUGUACGAGCGCAGCGGGCCCUACCUUUGGCACGGUGCCCUGAGGCUCCGCCCCAACACGGACCGCGGCUUCGCUCCGUUCAAGCAGCUCGACUACGGGCGCCACGCCGGGGCCUAUGACAGGCAGGACCUGGUCCUGACUGUGGUCGACGGUCUGGAUCUCCGUGUUCCACGAAACAUCUCCCACUUCCUGUCCGAGCGGCGCCACGCCCGCUUCCUGGAGUGUCGUUACCGUGACGCUCGCAACUUCCUGCAGAUGUACCCGGACGACUCGUCACCCGAGGCGACGGAGUUCCGAGCCAAAGCCAAAGCUGUGCUGCGAUUGGCUGCUCGCACGUUGGACCGCCUCUCCGUGCCCUUCUGGCUCAGCAGCGGCACCUGCCUGGGCUGGUUCCGGCAGUGCGGCAUCAUCCCGUACAGCCGUGACGUCGACAUCGGCAUCUUCGCCAAGGACUACCGCCAUGACAUCAUCACCGCUUUCCAGGGGGCGGGGCUUCCACUCAAACACAAGUUUGGCCAGGUGGACGACAGCCUGGAACUUUCCUUCCAGGGCGACGGCGGCGUCAAGCUCGAUAUUUUCUUCUUCUAUGAUGACGGACACUUCCUGUGGAACGGCGGCACGCAGGCCAAGAGCGGCAGGAAGUUCAAGUACGUGUUUCCUGUCUUCUCGCUCUGCUGGGCGGAGCUUGGCGAGCUCAGGGUUCGGGUUCCCUGCCAGACGCUCGAUUACGUCUCCGCCAACUACGGCGCCACCUGGAACGUCCCGCGCCGCGACUGGGACUGGAAGACGUCGCCUAGCAACGUGCAGGAGAACGGGGUGUGGCCUCAGGACCGCUGGGCGGAGCUUAUCCAAGUCUACUGAAGAACUGAAAAACAAACAAACUGAAAAUAAAAGUUUGAAAUGUAAGACACUACAGUCUGGAUGUGUUGAAUGUGAAUAUUAUUAUUAUUGUUGUUAUUUUAUUUUGUGUCUGACUGUUUGCAAUAAAAUGAUUUCCACUUUGUAA